AUGAACCAAUCAAACAAUCUUCAACUGUUAGGGGGACCUGACGUCGGUAAAGAACCCGAAGCCAUCCACCGCCUUAUGGGCUAUUGCCCCCAGUUCGACGCCCUUUUCGAGACCUUGACCGGCCGGGAACACCUCAGGCUGUAUGCUGCCAUCAAGGCCGCCAGCACGAUGAUCACGGAUCUGGGCCUUGGGCACAACGCCGAUAAGUUGGCAGGCUCUUACAGCGGGGGAAACAAGCGCAAGCUCUCGGUGGCUGUCGCCAUGAUCGGGCAUCCGCAGAUUGUUUUUUUGGUGAGAAUCCGAACGACAGUACUGUAA